AUGGUUAACGAAAUUAAAUCAUCCAAAGGAAAGACGGUGGAAUAUGAUGUACAAAAGAAGAACCAUGUAUAUUACCUAGGUUCGAGUGAUGGACCAGGAAAUAUCAUCACGCCAAUAAGUUUGAGAGGAAAUAAUUAUGAUGAAUGGGCUAGAGCUAUAAGAAGAUCGUUAAUAGCCAAAAGAAAAUUUGGUUUUAUUGAUGGAACAGUUACAAGACCUGAAGAUCCGGAUCAGUUAGAAGAAUGGAUAGCAGUGCAAUCAAUGCUGGUCUCAUGGAUCAGUAACACGCUGGAGUUAUCAGUGAGAUCAACUCUGGGAGAUUAUGAGGAUGCAAGUCUAUUAUGGGCACACUUGAAGAGAAGAUUUUGCGUUGUUAGUGGAACAAGAAUAUGCCAACUAAAAGCAUCUUUAAGUGACUGCAAAUAG